GAGGCCACCUGCCUGAUCACAGACCAAACUUAUGUGACAUCCGAUGCUGAUGGGAAGUGUAGAGAGAUUCUAAUGACAGCUGAGUGGUUUUAAUCUGGAGAAGCCCAGCAAUUUGAGUCUAUAAUCCAGCUUUCCUUGCUUCACUGAAACAACACACAUUUAAUAUGAAAGCUGAUUGUUAACCUUACUACGACCUUCCCACCAAAGUGUCCAUCAAAGAAAGAAGACCCUGCAAGAAUUUUGGUUUCGAUUUAGUACAAGACGACCACACAGUGAGAGUUUUUUUGCUGCUGAAACAUGGAAGCCAAAGUGUCAGAAGGAGGUCUAAAUGUAACACUGACUAUCCGCCUACUAAUGCAUGGCAAGGAAGUUGGAAGCAUUAUUGGCAAGAAAGGAGAGACUGUGAAGAAAAUGAGGGAAGAGAGUGGAGCUCGUAUUAACAUCUCAGAAGGGAACUGCCCAGAGAGGAUUGUAACAAUUACAGGACCCACAGAUGCAAUAUUCAAGGCCUUUGCAAUGAUUGCUUAUAAGUUUGAGGAGGACAUUAUUAACUCAAUGAGUAACAGCACUGCUACCAGCAAGCCACCUGUCACUUUGCGAUUGGUGGUACCAGCAAGCCAAUGUGGAUCCUUAAUUGGGAAAGGUGGCUCUAAGAUCAAAGAGAUCAGAGAGUCCACAGGAGCCCAAGUGCAGGUGGCUGGUGACAUGCUGCCGAAUUCUACUGAGCGGGCAGUGACUAUUUCUGGCACCCCUGAUGCCAUCAUCCAGUGUGUGAAGCAGAUAUGUGUGGUGAUGUUAGAGUCCCCACCAAAAGGUGCCACAAUCCCUUACCGUCCAAAACCCGCCUCCGCCCCUGUCAUUUUUGCAGGUGGUCAGGCCUAUUCUAUCCAAGGACAGUACGCCAUUCCUCACCCUGAUGUAUGGAUGCCAGUCCCCAGGCAAGUACUCAUGAACUCACCAUACCCAAUGAUCUAAUAGGCUGCAUAAUCGGACGCCAAGGGACCAAAAUCAAUGAAAUACGACAGAUGUCUGGAGCACAAAUCAAAAUUGCCAGCGCCAUGGAAGGGUCAGCAGAGCGUCAGAUCACCAUCACUGGGAGCCCAGCUAAUAUCAGCCUUGCACAGUACCUCAUCAACGCCAGGCUGACAUCGGAGAUUACUGGGAUGGGCGCGCUGUAACUUGGCCUUGAGUCCUCUUUCUCUGACCCUUUCUGACCACUGACGACUGUACAAGCAUCAGAUUUAAUGCUUUACUCUACUUCAUCUCCCCGUCAAAAUGACCUUCACUUGUGUUAUAAAUGCAGGUUACACACCAAAGCUGCUUACUGAAACAUUAUAUAUAUAUAUAUAUAUAUAUAUAUAUAUAUAUAUAUAUAUAUAUAUAAUGGUAUAGUAGAACCGGCACUCACCCUCAAAACAUCAAGCCCCGGGUGCUACUUCAAGGGUUUGCAUAUUGGAUCAUUUAAGAGCACUCACGGGUGUUGUGAAAAAUACUUUUUUAUUGGAGUGUUACAAUCUACCCCACAUCAAUAGAUGUGGGGUAGAUUGUAACACUCCAAUAAAAAAGUAUUUUUCACAACACCCGUGAGUGCUCUUAAAUGAUCCAAUAUAUAUAUAUAUAUAUAUAUAUAUAUAUAUAUAUUGUUACCAUUUAUUUACUAAACUCAUUAUUUGUUUUAUAUUUUACACAUUUUAGUGCACCAGAAGCUUAUACAUUAAUUGAAUGCUUUUAUCGAAACCUCUUAUUAGAGACUCACACAUGACCCUAUGUUGGACUUAUACUAAUGAAAUAUAUAAAUGCUUUAAAUAUUUUAUACCUGCAUUUAGCUCAGGCACUGACACAAAGAUGUCAGUGGUUUAUCCUCCUACUGAUGUUACAGUGGGCAUGGGUGACACUGCUAAAUACAGCAUAAAGACACACAUUUGCAGGGCACAAUGAAAUAAUGAAUGUAGUCUCCCAGCUCCAUUUCAGUGUUGCUGUGUGCAUAAGCGAUGCCAGUAUGGACAGAUUAAGAGGCAGCAGGAUUUUUCUCAUUCAAUACCCUUAUGCCCGAAUUGCAUUUUGUGUAUGAGAUUUGCAUGUACACAGAUCAUGGGCUCUGCAUGUAAUUCAGGCUGUGGUUACAUUUAUACAGGCCUAGCAUGUUCAUUGUAGAAUAAAUGUGAGCAAUAUGCUUCUUUUGAGCACAUACAGGAGCCUGGCUAAUAUAGCAUGAUUGCUUCUUAAAUGUACAUUGCGCACUAAGAAAUGCAAUGUUUUUACUCAUCUCUACACUAAAAAAAAAGCAGGUGGCAGUCACAUACUAAGCAGUGUAUAUUUUAGGGUUCUGCCACAUAUUCACCAGUAAUAAUUUCCUAUAAAAGCUGUUGGAUACAGAAUUUAUUUCUAUCAGUUCUUUUUUCUUUAUACAUGACACCCCCCGGGGACUAUACAAACAGUUACUACUCUGUCAAAUUUUCCAGCUGUAAAUAUCCUCCCCACCAGCUCAGAGAAUAUCACCCUGAAGGUCUUUCCAAGCUUCUAUCCACAAUAUUUACUCCCAUAUACCCCCCUCGUGUACAUAAAACACUUAACUCAUAAGUAUAGGUACUCCUAUCCUUCAAUAAACCACAUAUCCUUCAAUAAACCACAUAUAUCAUACAGCACCUUCUAUCCUGGUCAUUCUCCCCCUGUAUAUAUAGGAGGUUACUUCCCUCUGAUCCCUGCAUAUUUCUUAAUUUAGUGUGUUAUGUUUAAUUGCUGGAGAAGCAUGGGCUUCUGGUGUUUUUCUUGUGGAAUUGAUCUUAGUUUAUUAAAGGAUGAAAUGUACAGUAAUGUCUUCUUGCUAGUGUGAGAUUAAUCAUGUGAAUUCAGUUGAUGAACUAUUUAUUCAAAGUCUGAUGAUAUAUAUAUAUUAUACUAUUUGUGCUCA